UGUUCUGGAAGUCUGGGAACGGGACGCGACGGCGCUGGUCGGGUACCGGACGGCGGUCUGUCGUUAUGACGGGCUCCGGUCCGAAGCUCGGGGUGCUGCUGCUGCUGGCGGUUCUGCUGCAGACCGUGGUUGUCACCAUCACCGUGCUGCACUUCACCACGGCUCUCAACUCGAUGAAGGAGACGUUUGCCAGGAGCAGUGUGUCCUGCCUGACGGGCGCCGACCUGCAGAGCGUCACGGCUGUACGGGGGGACCCAUGCUGGCAGGUCACCCAGCAGCUUCACCUGCUCAUCGAGAAGUCCCUGUCCCAGCGUUACCAGAGGCAGAUUUCCUCGGCAGUAAGAGAUGAAGUGUCUCGCGUGCUGCCCUCACUUGUGAUGGAGGACAGGGCCUUACCUCGCCCCAAAGUGGCCGCCCACGUCACCGGCAGCUUUGUGCCCAAACUGGAGCGAGAGGGAGGAGCUCCCGUCUCAACAGGGCGUCGAGUCCAGGGCCAGAAGAUCUCGUGGUGGGAGGGACAGAAGGGGCUGGCCUUCCUCCAGGACGUCCAGCUGGUGGACGGGGAGCUGGUGGUGCCGCAGCCGGGCCUCUACUACGUCUACGCCCAGACCUACUUCAGACACACCCACUCCCUGGAGGAGGAGGGCGAGGAGGGCGAGGAGGUGGAGGACAGAGGGAGGCCCCUGCUGCAGUAUGUCUACAAAAAGGUGAGCUCCUACCCGGUUCCCAUCCUGCUGAUGAAGACGAGCCGGACUUCCUGCUGGUCCCGGGGAUCCCAGUUCUCCCUGCACUCCGCCCACCAGGGGGGGCUGUUCCCGCUCAGCGCUGGCGACCGCCUGUUUGUCACCGUGACGAACGCCUCUGCCGUGGACAUGGACGAGAAGAGCAGCUUCUUUGGCGCUUUCCUGAUCAGCUAGAGAAUCGGACGCAGGAGCCGGGACAGGAGGAAAUCCCCCCCCGAUCUGAUUAUAUGAUUAUAGACUUCUCCUGAUGAUGCACCCAUGAAAAGUGGAAAAACUGAAACGAGGAGCCACGGGGGGUUGCUCAGAAUCACGACCGAAAAAUAUUUGCCAACACUGGUUUUUGCGGACGGAGUAGAGACGGGAGACUGACGCGGAUUUUAAGGGCUGCGCGUAUGUGUGUCGCUAAAAAAACCGUCGUCUCCAACAGGGACAGUUUUCUUUGAGGCGGACUCAAUGUCAGCCGCUACGCAAGCUGCAGUCACCGGUUUUAUUAGCUGCACCUAUAAUCUACAGCGCUUAGUAAAAUUUGUUUUUCGUAAACAAAGAUCACAUUCUGCCCAGCGGCGUCGGGUCCCGGCGUCUGGUCGCGGCCUGCAUCCUUGCGUUUCCCACAGGUCCUGCCAUUCUCCCUUCAAACCACAAGGGGAAGCGGAUCGCUCCGGCUGCGUCGUAGCCUUUGCCGCGAUCACGUCUCGCAGUAGAAACUCACAGGUGCACGCAAUACGUGCAGGUGACAUGCGGUCGUCACAUGACCUCGAAGCAGGCGUGUGUGAAAACAUCGAAAACCUUUAAACCCUAAGUUGACUUGUUUUUUUUGUUUUGUUUUUUUUUCGCCUGAUCCAACAAGCAAAAUCAGGUGACGCUAAAAAAUGUUGGCUCUCCCAGCUUUACGCCACACGCCGCAGUCAUGUGACGUAUGAAUCUAAGCUACAAUUUGUGUGAGGUGGUGGGGAAAGAAAACGGCAGCACAGUAUAGAUUACACACCAGAAUGCAUCUAUAUCUAUAUCUAUAUAUAGAUAUAGAUAUAGAUAUAUUUUGCGACGCCAUGUGAAGCACCUUUUUCAAAAUAAGCUUUUAAUUAAAUCACAAAUUAACAAAAACUCACCGUUAGCAGCCUCCAGUUUCUCCAGGAGGGGGAGCCGUUGGGUUCAUUGUCAGCUCAGAUGCGCACACGCCGACCUGCGCCACCUAUAGGGAAGUAAAGUCACUGCAACAAUGGUUCACUUUGCAUAUAUUACAUUAUUUGUUACUAAUUUUAUAGCAGAGACCCAGUGUUUUCUUCUUUCCAGUAAAACCACCUGAAAGAAAUGUUUUUUUUUUUUUUUUUAAUGAAACUCUUCUUCAGAUGGAUAUCAGUGAUUAUCUGGGGCCGGGGCCACACACACACACACACACACGCGUGUUAAUUGUGUGCACCUGUGUGUUUUUGUAAAGAUGUAAAUAUUGUGCUAUACUUUGUGUUUCGCUUUUAAAUUUUUUUCCCCCCAAUCGGGCUGCAAAUGCGGGGUCUGGGGUCAACUCUGAAUUCCCCCUCCGUAGGAUGUCAGGCAUGAACUUAAGGGGCGAUUUACUAAUGAUGGCCCCCCGCUGCCAUUAGAGGCCCUUCAGACCCAGUUUGGAGGGUGGGCUGCCCGCGCUGACCACCAGAAGAUUAAAGGUGUAACUUCAUCACCUCGUCCUUCGUUAGUUUUAAGGUAAAAAAUUUAAAUCACUGCUACUUGUGUGUUUGUUGGCAGCAGCGUCGCAGUCUUUCGCUCUGCCGUCGGUUGCCUCCGGCAUGUGGGCUCCUCCACUCCCCUGCCAGGGUUGGUAUUCCUGGGCAUUCGUGUUAUGUUGGAUUGAAGGCAGAUGUGAUCUGCAGAUGUGGCCGACAACCACCGACAUCAUCAUCCAAACAGCAGAAACAUGGGAUUGUGUUUUUUUUUGUUUUGUUUUUUGUCUUUUUUUUUUCCUUUUGCAGCCCUGCCCUCUUCCAUGUGGUGGGAUGAGCUGCUGUGGUGAAAACUGCAGCAGACCCAGCGACGCCCGGGGCCCCCGUAAACCCCAACGAUCGAUCACGUGCGGCAGAGGGAGAGCCGGAUGCAUCACUGAACGUGACUGAGCUACGAGCUUCACCCCUUCAUCCAGGAAGUGGCAGUUUUUUUUUUUUUUUGACUAAAGAAAUUCUUGAGCCAGCCUCUCGUGGUCUUCGUCGACCGAUGCAGUCACGACUGACGGCCCGACAUACCAUCACCUGUUAUCACGUGGUCAAACUUUCAUACCUAGGUCACGUGAAGCCAUGAAACGCGUCCAGGAGACACCUAAUAAGUGGACUUUGACUACUCUCUGUACUGGUUAUGAAGACUUUUCCGAGUGCUCUGAUUAAAAUCACGACUUAAGCCAAUUGCCAUCACCGAUUCAUCCAACUCUAAUUAUUGUUGUAAUGAUUUCCAAUUAAGACUCAGAAACUAAGUGUAAUUUCUCGUUUUUAACCAAUGUGACAUGGAUGCAGCAUCACUGUAUUAUUUAUGUAAAUACAGGACGAGACUUUUUCCACCUUAAUUUCUUGUUUUUUGCUAUGAAUGUAUGGACUUUCUCUCUUUUUUUAAUUAAAGUGGUCAUUUUAGUCUUGGUAUCCACGCUGCAAUAAAUUUACACUCCAGGACCAAAGGUGUUGUAGAGUGGAUAGGGGGGGUUUUCCAUUUGCAUGGUAUUGGCAUGACUGACUGAUUGUGAGGUGUAUGUCACAAGCGACGCUCGCCCCCCCCCCCCCCCUUUUACGCCCGAUCAGCGCCGUAUACUAGACCCGGGACGCUGCCGUGACAUGAGGCCGCACCUCAAGACUCCGGCCUCCCGUACGCGGCGAUAAGAGGAGACAUCCGACCCGCGGGGCCGGUCGCCCUCCCGUCAGCCGGAGCGGCGAAGACCUGAAAGGCACCAAGAAGACGAAAACUGUACACUGGUCAGAAUCAUCGGAAAAAAUUCUGUUUUAACCAAGCAGAUCAAAACAAAUGUGAAUGUAAAUACACCAAUGCUCUUGCCUGUAUAUAUGUGAAAUAAAGACACUUAAAAAAAGAAGAAAAUAA